GAGCGCCCUUGGGUGCCGCCUGGGCCCGCGCAGGCUGAGCCCGCAGGCCCGCCGCCCGCACCACCUCCUCCCCCGCCUCCGCCCUCUCUCCCCCGCCCCGCGGCGCCCGCGGCGGCUCCGAGCUCGGCGAACAUGGCGGCGGCGGCGAUCGGGCGGGACACUUUACCUGAGCACUGGUCCUACGGCGUGUGCCGGGACGGCCGCGUCUUCUUCAUCAAUGACCACCUCCGCUGCACGACCUGGCUGCACCCACGCACUGGGGAGCCCGUCAACUCCGGCCACAUGAUUCGCUCAGACCUGCCCCGCGGCUGGGAGGAAGGCUUCACGGAGGAGGGCGCCAGCUACUUCAUCAACCAUAACCAGCAGACCACAGCGUUCCGGCAUCCUGUGAGUGGGCAGUUUUCUCCAGAAAAUAGCGAGUUUAUUCUUCAAGAAGAGUCAAAUCCACAUAUGUCGAAGCAAGAGAGAAACCUAAGGCCAUCCAGCAUGGUCAGUGAAACGUCCACGACUGGGACCACUUCCACCAUGGAGGCCAAACCUGGCCCCAAGAUCAUCAAGUCCAGCAAUAAAGUCCACAGCUUUGGGAAGAGGGACCAGGCCAUUCAGAGGAACCCCAAUGUUCCAGUGGUGGUGAGGGGCUGGCUGCACAAGCAGGACAGUUCUGGGAUGAGGCUGUGGAAAAGGAGGUGGUUUGUGCUUGCUGAUUAUUGCUUGUUUUACUAUAAAGACAGCCGAGAAGAAGUGGUUCUUGGAAGCAUCCCUCUGCCCAGCUAUGUGAUCUCGCCUGUGGGUCCCGAGGACCGCAUAAGUCGCAAGUAUUCCUUUAAGUUGGUUGUGCUGAGACAUUGUACCACAACCCUUGGGUCCCGGAGUCGAGGAAUCGCUUUUCCCUUCCGUUAUAAUGCCGUACAUGGAGGUGGCAUAUUUGUUUCGCUCUCUGGCUUUUAUGGCGAAGUGCUGCUUAUCUUGGGGGUCAGGGACAUGGAGAAGAUGGAGCGGCAGGCCGUCCCCCAGGCCAACCAUGCAGAGACCUGUCGUGCGUGUGGCCGCGUGGGACCCAGACACACGCGGGAUUGUCCUCAUCGCCGCCAUGAGGACCCCUUUGGCUUCGAGAGGCGGGAGCAAGAUCAAGAACGGUACCGUUCCCCGAGGGACCCACUGGAGGGCAAGCGGGACAGGAGCAAGGCCAGGUCCCCGUACUCACCAGCUGAGGAGGAUGCCUUGUUCGUGGAUUUACCUAGUGGCCUGCGAGGCCAGCAGGCACAGCCCCAGUGGGCAGAGAAGAAUGGCAUCAUAUAUGGCCCAGGAGAGCAGAACGGGAUUGGCGGGUACCAGCGGGCCUUUCCUCCCAGGACCAACCAUGAAAAGCCCAGCCAGAGGAGGAGCAGCCUGGCCCAGGUGGAGCACUGGGCGAAGUCCCAGAAGGGGGAUGGCAGGAGCCUGCCCCUGGAUCAGACCCUUCCUCGCUACGGUCCUAGCCAGCCCCUGUCCUUCCCAGAAAACUACCAGACUCUUCCCAAGAGCACCCGGCACCCCUCGGGGGGCUCCUCGCCCCCUCCCCGCAACCUGCCAAGUGACUACAAGUAUGCGCAGGACCGAGCCAGCCACCGGAAGAUGUCGAAUGAGGAGCGCCGGGCACACCGGGAUGGCACUGUGUGGCAGCUCUAUGAGUGGACACAGCGCCAGCAGUUCCGGCACGGCAGCCCCACGGCGCCCAUCUCUGCGGGUUCCCCAGAGUUCACUGAUCAGGGCCGGAGCAGGAGCAUGUUAGAGGUGCCCCGCUCCAUCUCUGUGCCUCCAUCUCCCUCGGACAUCCCACCCCCGGGGCCCCCGAGGGUCUUCCCACCCCGGCGGCCACACACGCCAGCAGAGAGGGUCACUGUGAAGCCACCGGACCAGAGGAGGAGUGUGGACAUCUCGCUGGGGACUUCUCCCAGGAAGGCAUGGGGCCAUGCCACCAAGAGCUCUUCUCACAUGGACCGGCGCUCCAUGCCUUCCAUGGGUUACAUGACCCACACUGUCAGCGCUCCCAGUUUACACGGAAAAUCGGCUGAUGACACCUACCUCCAGCUGAAGAAAGACCUGGAGUACCUGGACCUAAAGAUGACAGGCCGGGACCUUCUCAAGGAUCGAAGCCUGAAGCCAGUGAAGAUUGCUGAGAGUGACAUUGACGUCAAGCUGAGCGUCUUCUGUGAACAAGACAGGAUCCUCCAGGACUUGGAAGACAAGAUACGAGCCCUCAAGGAGAACAAAGACCAGCUAGAGUCUGUGCUGGAGGUGUUGCACAGACAGAUGGAGCAGUACCGAGACCAGCCCCAGCACCUUGAGAAGAUCGCCUACCAGCAGAGGUUGCUGCAGGAAGACCUCGUCCACAUCCGGGCGGAGAUCUCUAGAGAGUCCACUGAGAUGGAAAAUGCCUGGAAUGAGUAUCUGAAGUUGGAGAACGAUGUGGAGCAGCUGAAGAAGACCCUGCAGGAGCAGCACAGAAGAGCCUUUUUUUUCCAGGAGAAAUCACAGAUACAGAAGGAUCUCUGGAGGAUUGAAGAUGUCAUUGCAGGCCUGAGUGCAAAUAAGGAGAACUUCAGGUUCCUGGUGGAAUCGGUCAAAAACCCAGAGAGAAAAACAGUGCCUUGGUUUCCUCACUCGCCUGUGCCUUCACUCUCCACUUUGGAGAGCAAGCCGCCCCCGCAGCCCAGCCCUCCUAUCAGCCCUGUGCGGACCCCUCUGGAGGUGCGACUCUUCCCGCAGCUGCAAACUUAUGUGCCCUACCGACCUCACCCACCCCAGCUGAGGAAGGUGACGUCCCCUCUUCAGUCACCAACCAAGACAAAGCCCAAAGUUGAAGACGAGGCACCUCCCAGGCCCCCACUCCCUGAACUCUACAGCCCAGAGGACCAGCCACCGGCUGUGCCUCCUCUGCCAAGAGAGGCCACCAUCAUCCGGCACACUUCAGUGAGGGGCCUCAAGCGGCAGUCGGACGAGAGGAAGCGAGACCGGGAGCAGGGCCAGUGUGUGAACGGGGACGCAAGGGUGGAGCUCCGGUCAUACGUUAGUGAGCCUGAGCUGACGACUUUCAGUGGGGAUAUGGCCCAGCCGUCCCUGGGACACGUGGGUCCUGAGAACAGGUACCAGACGCUGCCAGGCAGAGGGCUCUCAGGGUCCACAUCCAGGCUCCAGCAGUCGUCCACCAUUGCUCCCUACGUCACCCUCCGGAGGGGUCUGAAUCCCGAAAGCAGCAAGAUGACCUUCCCUAGACCCAAGAGUGCCUUGGAGCGCCUGUACUCAGGGGACCACCAGCGGGGCAAGAUGAGCGCGGAGGAGCAGCUGGAGCGCAUGAAGCGGCACCAGAAGGCGCUGGUCCGGGAGCGCAAGAAGACGCUGAGCCAAGGAGAGAGGGCCAGCCUGCCCUCGUCCCGCUACCUCAGCCAGCCGCUCCCGGGAGAUCUCGGCUCAUGGAAGCGUGAGCAGGACUUUGACCUGCAGCUGCUGGACCGGGCCGUGCAAGGGGAGAGAAAGGACAAGGAGGAGAAUGGCUGGCUGAAAGUGCAGGCCAUUCCUGUCACUGAGUUGGACCUGGAACCACAGGACUAUGACUUGGACAUCAGCAGAGAGCUAUCCAAACCAGAGAAGGUCUCCAUCCCCGAGCGAUACGUGGAGCUGGACCCUGAAGAGCCGCCAAGCCUGGAGGAGCUGCAGGCACGGUAUCGCAAAGCCGAGAAGAUCCGCAACAUCCUUGCCCGGUCCAGCAUGUGCAAUCUGCAGCCGACUUCAGGCCAGGACCGGAACAGCGUGGCCGACCUGGACUCGCAGCUGCAGGAGCAGGAGCGCAUCAUCAACAUCUCCUACGCCCUGGCCUCCGAGGCCUCCCAGCGCAGCAAGCUGGUGGCAGCCCAGGCAGUGACUGACCCGUGACCCAGCGCGCGGAGGAGAAGCCUAGAGCCAGGGGAACCAGCUUCCUCCGAGGAGAUUGACUUUUCUCCCCCCAAGGAAACCCCUUCCGGCUGAGCAGGGGUUCUGUCUGGAGGAAGGAACAGCCCAUCAACUGCGAGUGUCCGUCCCAGGGCCAGCUCCUCAUCCCCAGCCCGGGACUUGUGUUAGUUCAGACUUCUUUUUACGUACGAAAAACGCACUUUUGAUAGACCCUAAAAUACUGACACUGUAUUUUAGAAUCAGAACAUAUUUUAUAAUGUUCACCUCAAGGGCUGAGGGCUGAGUGGCUGGGAAGAUGAAGAUGCAGGCUUUGGAGCUGCACAUACAGAUCCAGGUAUUAUUGGGUGCGAGGUGUGGGUGGGGGGAGAAGGGCCGGGCAAGCAGCUGCCAGUCCAACAUCCGAUGAACUCAGGUGAAGGUCGGCUUUGAGAACGUGCUUCCAGCGGACUCCAGCAUUAGGCUUGUCGGCGUGCAGUCUCGGGGAAGAGGGGCCGUUUGGCUGCACAGAGCAGCCAUCCCUGACCUGGCCUGAUGGCCAGCUCUGGAGUGUGAAAUUCCACCGGGAUGGUGUGUGGACCCCAAGUCUGUGCCUUGACCCUUGGGUUUGGCUUCGGGGCAAAAGUGAGUUCAAGAACUUUGGCUCCCAACCCACCCAUGAGGGUCUCUCAGCAAAGGACUCUUCUCAGAAAGAAAAGAGCAGUUUGCUUUCGUUUUAAAAACUACACUUUAAAAUAUGAAAAAGUGAGAGGAAGCACCUUUUAUUGUAUCAUAAGCAAUAAACUCCACACGGGGUGGCAUCUACCUAAACUGCUUGACUCCAUACUCAGCUGUGAUUGAUAGGAAGCCUGGGAUAUUUGCUACCUGCCCCUGGAGAACGCAAGUCAUCUUCCCCAGGACUUGGCCUCGUGAAGGCAGGAGGGCUGGCAAUGUGCCCCCACCAUCCCUGAUGGCCGGCAGCCAGCGGGGCCAUGAUGGCAGGACUUGGACUUGACUUACAGCCCAAAAUGAGGACGGGGUUGCUAAGCUGUGUUUGUGGCCCUUUAUUUAAGUCAUGAGCUCAUGAUAGUCUGCGUACAGAAAAUGAUGUUUAAAGGAAAAAAAAACACACAAAAACUCCAUUGGGUGGAGCCACACUUUAAAUGAAAAUUUGUCUUUGACUAUGGUCAGAAGAAAAAUCUUGAAUAUAUUUAGAAGUUGCCGUCUAUUUUUAACUAAUUCCAUAUGCUGCCAGUAUCGACUUCAUGACAUUUGCCAAAAUAAGAUUUUAUUUUUGCCUUUAUAAGAUUUUGUUGGAAAAAAUGAAAUGAAUAUUUUGCAAGAAAAAGUUAAUUUAAAUAAAAUUGUAAUGGUUUGCAAAAAAAGAAAAAAAAUGUGAUGUA